AUGUCGUCUGGGAGUGCGAUUCGGAAGAGUAAUGGUGGUUACAACUAUUAUGCCAGCUCAGAUUCCACGAAAAUAUGUGUGGUCAUGGUCGGUCUCCCAGCCAGAGGCAAGAGUCUCAUCGCUGGAAAGGCCAUGCGCUACCUAGCUUGGGUGGGUAUCCCGGCUCGUGUCUUCAAUGUGGGCAGCUAUCGUCGCCAUAACACGCCGCAGCCGACGGCGGCUUUCUUCGACCCCCACAACCCAGAGGGGGAGAAGAUGCGACGAGCCGCGGCCGAAGAAGCUAUGGCCGAUAUGCUUCAAUGGUUCGCAUCCGGAAAGGGAGUCGUGUCCAUCCUCGAUGCGACCAAUUCCACCAGAGAACGCCGGCGUUGGAUCUACGAAAGUUGCGCCAACGCCAACAUCGAAGCGCUGUUCGUUGAGUCGAUAUGCGACGACGAGGACUUAAUCAUGAACAAUAUUCUCGAGGUGAAGACCACCUCGCCCGACUACAAGGGGCAGGACCCUGAGGUUGCGGCUCUUGAUUUCCGCAACCGAAUCCGCAAUUACGAAAAGGCCUACGAAACCAUUGACGAUAACGAGAAGCACUAUACCUAUGUAAAACUCAUCAAUGUCGGAUCCACUGUCAUCAUCAACCAGAUCAAGGACUAUCUGUCCAGCCGACUCGUCUACUACAUUCAAAACCUCCACAUCAAGCCCCGUUCGAUUUGGCUUUCUCGCCAUGGAGAAUCGGAAUUCAAUCUGUCCGGAAAGAUUGGUGGCGAUUCCAAUAUUUCGGAACGCGGCGAGGCUUAUGCGCGAGCCCUUCCCGGUCUGAUGAAGAAAUCCGGAGUGCCCCCCGAUACGAAGAUUGUCAUCUGGACCUCGACCUUGAAACGCACGAUCCAGACCGCUCGUCAUCUUGCCGCAGAAACAGGAUUCGAGAAGCUGGAGUGGAAAGCUCUCGAUGAACUGGACUCCGGCGUUUGCGAUGGGCUCACCUACGAGCAAAUUGCGGAGAAAUAUCCGGAGGACUUUGCUGCCCGGGAUGAAGACAAGUACAACUACCGCUACCGCGGCGGUGAAUCGUACCGCGAUGUCGUCAUUCGCCUUGAGCCGAUUAUCAUGGAACUUGAACGAAGUGAAAAUGUCAUCAUCGUCACCCACCAAGCCGUCCUCCGAUGCAUCUACGCCUACUUCCACAACACGCCCCAAGAACAGAGUCCGUGGAUGGAGGUGCCCCUCCAUACGCUGAUUAAACUCACUCCCCGUGCGUACGGCACGGAUGAACAGCGAUUCAAGGCCGAUAUACCCGCUGUCUCGACAUGGCGUGCUAAGGGGACAUCGGCGAAGCACCAGGAUUACCCCACGGGGUUAAAAGCAUGA